AUGCCGGUGAGCAGUGAGAAUAAAAAUGGACCUUAUAAACCUCAGCCAAUAAAAAAGGUCAGCACUACAACCGUGGUAAAUCCUGGUUUUUUUGCGUAUACAAAUCUUACUGGUUGUCAGCCAUAUUAUUGUGCUGAACAAGUUCAUUUAAUAAAUAAUAUCACUGUCACAGCAUUAACAAUUAUUAUUCGUGUACAAAAAACAUCCGCAGCCACAUAUCAUGGUGUAGCAAAUAAUUUUUGGACAGGAUAUAUCAAUUCAAAUCAUACGGAUAACGGAAGUCAAAUUAUUUAUACAUUUGUAUUGGAUCCAACUCAGACAGUGGUAGCUUCGACUACCUGGUAUGUGGAAGCACAGAUGGAUCUGUAUGGAACAUCACAAGUAACGAGUGCAGAUACGUAUACAGUGAGUGUCACCGGUGGUGGUAUAACAAAUAGUUAUUCAGGCCAUUUCUGA